GACUAUUUAAACCAAUAAAUCGGUUUACCUUUAAAAUAGGCCUGUUCAACAAGCAUUAAGGCUAUAAACGCUAACUAAUAUCAUUAUUAUCAAUAUCAAAGAACACCAAGAAAAACAUAAAGCGGACUGAUUUAAUUUAACAUUUUAAUUCAAGGCGAUUUUAGAUGCUAAUUUUUAUAUGUUGAAACUUAGUUUUAUAGGAAUAUAUUUUUAUUUAGUCAACUUAGAUGACUGAUACUAUUUACUCAUCAGCAUUGAGAAUGUAUGAACCUCCCACGGAUUGGUUGAUACAUAAAUCGGGCGCAAUAGUGGAUUUUUUUACUAUUUACUGCGUCGAGUCAUAGAAAGUUUAACACUCGUAUUUAAGAGUUGAGUCGGGGUUGGAAAAGGUGAUUUAUUCACAGUAAGACUAUAAAACUUCACCAAUUACACCUGUCAAACAUCUAGAAAAAAGAGAUGUUAUUAAACACUUGACUGACAGAUUACCAACUUGCAGUUGAUGAAAGUAAAGAAAAAUGUAAAAGCAGUGUUAAAAAGUAAAAAUAUAAUUACGUGAAAAUCUUGUGUUAAACAUUUAUCUUUAUCUUAUAAUUAUAUAAGAAUAAAGUUUUGAUUACUGAAGUUAUUUGUAUUUUUGAUGGUGUAAUAGAUGGUAACAUACUACGGGACUUAGCGAACUUAAUAUGGAUUAAUUAAUUUUAUAAAACAUUUUCUUAACAGUAUAUUUUUCCCUUGUGCGAUUUUUAUAUUAUAUUUGUGAUCUUAUUUAUGGAGAAAGUAAUGGAAAGGGAUAUUACUUGUAAGCAAAAAUCUGCUGAUUCAAACAAUAUGGAUGUAUAUACUAGAACUUACAAGGAAAAUAUGUGUGACUGGAACGAGGACAUGGAACACGUGACGGAACAUCAUUGUGACUGUAUGGAACAUAAAGAAUAUAUUCAAUUCGAGUGUACGAGACUUCUUCACUGCGGAAACAAUUUUACAAGACAUCGUGGUAAACGUUAUGAAAAUGUAAACAAUAUGGAACAGUGCAUUAGUGACUUUAAUGACGGAAGUGAAAAAUAUACAUGGUUUCGGUGUAAAAAAUGCGGAAUAAAGAGGCAAUUAAACGUGAACACAUCUUCAGAUUACAGAGGUAUCACAUCAAAGAGACAAACUAGAUCGUCCGGAUUAGCCAAUUUCACCUUCGUCCUAUUCAUAACUUUACUCCUGUGUCAAAACGUUUUAUGCCUAGAUAGUAAUGACAUCCUACAGCUGAACAUUCCAACUAAAGAGCCUGUAAUAGACCCAAACACGAUAUGUAAAACAUUUCCCGAGCUUUCACCAAAGCAGUAUAAACUUUGUUCAAAAUAUCCCGACGUGACGGCGUCGGCUAUACAAGGCAUUCAAAUAGCAAUCCACGAGUGUCAAUAUCAGAUGAAAGAACACCGGUGGAAUUGUUCGAGUCUCGAGAAGAAGAACAAGAAUCCUCAUUCAAGCCCAUUACUAAAGAAAGGAUAUAAAGAAUCGGCCUUCGCAUAUGCUUUAGCCUCAGCAGGGGUAACACACCAGGUGUCUACAGCGUGUAGUAUGGGCAAGUUGAAAUCCUGCGGGUGUGAUAUGAGUAUGCAAGGAGAAGUCAAGGAUAAGUUCGAGUGGGGAGGUUGCUCACAUAAUGUCGAGUUUGGUGAUAAUUUCGCCAGAAAGUUCACACGAGCGCGAGAGGCAGCACGAGAUAUCCAUGCAAGAAUAAAUCUGCAUAACAACAGGGCAGGACGACUGGUUAUACUGAAGAAUGUCAGGAAACAGUGUAAAUGUCACGGAAUGUCAGGUAGCUGUGAGGUAAAGACGUGUUGGAAAGUAUCGCCAGAAUUUAGAAUAGUUGGUGAAAUUCUUAAGAAAAAAUACGAAAAAGCUUCGAAGGUCAAUAUAAGUAAUAAAACUGGUAAGAAAAACAAACGGAGACUUGUGAGAAAGCAGAAAAACACUGAACUAGUAUACUAUGAGAAAUCUCCUAACUAUUGUGACCCAAACCCUGAAGUUGACUCACCUGGAACAACCGGACGUUUCUGUAACAAAUCGAGCACAGGACUGGACAAUUGCGACACCUUGUGUUGUGGGCGUGGUCAUAAUACUCUCCGAGUAAGGAGAGCAGAACGGUGUAACUGUAAAUUUCACUGGUGUUGUUACGUCGUAUGUCAAACUUGUGUGUCCAAUGAAUGGGUAACUGUUUGCAAAUAGUAGAAAAACAUAACGAGGCCCAGAGAGAUGUUAUAGGUGGAAAAUAAGC